AUGAGCACCCAGAUCUGGCUCUCAUAUUGGUGGCCAGAGUCCCACGCAAAGUGGUGGUUGUCGCCUGCUGUGAAACAGUUUUGGGACGAGCUCCCAGCAGACGCUGGCAUGUGGAGGGAAAUUCUUACAGCCACUGCCAAUCGAGUGCAGAAUGCAUGCACUGCUGAGUUGAAGAAUGGGAUGAAUGGGGUUGGAGAGAUGGAACCAUUCGGCGACAAGAUCGGGUAUUGGGGCUGUGUUCGUCAUCGUAUACCAGAUGUGAGCUUGGGUGAUAAGCUGGCCUCUUCGUUAGAGGACAUGCCUGCGCGGGUUCCAGAGACAACAACUAUUCGUCUUGGCAGGACAACUGUCUCCGACCUACCAGACAAUAUCUGUUUUCUAGUCGAGGGACAAGACCACUCCGGAAUGUCUCCAGAAGAGAAGGCUUUGUGGUUCGAAGAGUUUGACGAACUUGUUACUGGCUGGAUGGGCUACCUAGCAAAGGAUACCACUACCAAUGGACUCUUCGAUGUGCGAAUGGGUCAUGUCUCAGAUCAUGGAACGUUUAAAGCCGGUACUCCAAUCAAUUUGAACCAUAACAGGAAGAUCGAGAUGUUUUACUGGCAGGACAUGAGCAAGUUUGAACGGGUUGGCAGAAUUCACAGAGGCCACGUCAAGCUUCGAAAGCGGUGGAUGGAGGUUUAUGGACCUGGUGGGGAGAUGGGCGACGGUAAAGGCCAAAUCAACUUAUGGGAGGAAACUUCUAUCUUGAGGGGUUCAGAUAUCUUCGCUGAAUAUGUUGGGUGCAGAGAGGGUACUGGUUUUAUGGCAUUCGAUAAGUCAGGAAUAAUUCAUUCAGCAAGUAGCUUAAUUUAA